UCACGGCGGAGGGCGGGGCUUUCCGCAGCGACUUCCGGCAAUAAACCGGGACGCGCCGGCGUCAGGUGCGCCCCGAGGCGGUCGGCCAUCCGGCGGAAGGGCACGCUCGGCGCGCAGAGCGAUGCCGUUCCUGGGGCAGGACUGGCGAUCCCCUGGAUGGAGCUGGGUUAAAACGGAGGACGGCUGGAAGCGCUGUGAGCCCUGGAGGGAGGACCUGGACCGGGAGCGCCCCCAGCGCAGCGCCCCGCACAGCAUAAUCCUAAAUAGUGAAGAUGAAGAAAUAUUUACUGAUGGAGAGCAUGGAUGUGCAUCCAAGAAAAGGAAAAAGGACCAUUUUAGAAAUGACAGCAACACUCAGUGUUUUUUUCGUGAAAAAUGGAUCUAUGUCCACAAAGAAAGCACAAGAGAGCGGCACGGCUACUGCACGCUGGGGGAGGCCUUCACCCGCCUGGACUUCUCGAGCGCCGUGCAGGACGUGCGCAGGUUCAGCUACGUGGUCAGGCUAUUGCAGCUAAUUGCAAAAUCCCAGUUAACCUCAUUGAGUGGUGUGGCACAAAAGAAUUACUUCAACAUUUUGGAUAAAAUCGUUCACAAGGUGCUCGACGACCACCAGAACCCGCGGCUGAUCAAAGACCUCCUCCGAGACCUGAGUUCCACGCUCUGCACCCUGGUCCGCGGCGUGGGCAAGUCCGUGCUGGUGGGCAACAUCAACAUCUGGGUGUGCCGGCUGGAGACGGUCCUCGCCUGGCAGCAGCAGCUGCAGAACCUGCAGGUGACGCCGGAGAACCACGGCCUCACGCUCAGUGACCUGCCGCUGCACAUGCUGAACAACAUCCUGUACCGGCUCUCGGACGGCUGGGACAUCGUGACGCUGGGCCAGGUGAGCCCCACGCUGCGCACGCUCAGCGAGGACCGGCGGCUCUGGAAGAAGCUGUGCCAGUACCACUUCGCCGAGAAGCAGUUCUGCAGACACCUGAUCCUCUCGGAGAAGGGCCACGUGGAGUGGAAGCUGAUGUACUUUGCGCUGCAGAAGUGCUACCCGACACGGGAGCAGUACGGGGACACGCUGCUCUUCUGCCGGCACUGCAGCACGCUCUUCUGGAAGGACUGCCGCCUCGCUUUACUGCUCCAGGACUCGGGACACCCCUGCACGGCCACCGACCCUGACCGCUGCUCCACGCCCGUGUCCCCGCAGCACUUCAUCGACCUCUUCAAGUUCUGAGCCUCGGGGCCGGCGCCCAGCCCGAGGGCAGCCAGCACCCCUGCCGCGUGCUGCCACCGAGCGGCGGCCCGGCAGCUUCCUGCUCCGGGCGGGACGCCGGCCGGUGUGCCCUUCGAGGGCCCCGGAGCCCGGUGAGACCGUGUCCGCUCCGUCUCUGAGAAGUUCUUUUCUCCGGGCGUUUGAAAACUCGCACCUUUGCCUACUUACAGAUACGGUCCCAAAGGCCCUGGGUUUUGAGCGCCACUGCCCUGCAGAGCUGACACUAAUGCAGUGACGGCUGGAUGGUCACACGUCUCCAGGUUUUGCAUAAUUGGGGGGGGGGGUGUUUAAACCAGCAGUCCUUGUAAAUACAUUGUGCAGAUUAUUUAUUUUUCUUAAGAUGUAUUGUAGCCACACUGGUUGUGACCAAAUGACCUACGGCCGUGGUCGGCAAACUGCGGCUCACGAGCCACAUGUGGCUCUUUGGCCCCUUGAGUGUGGCUCUUCCACAAAAUACCACGUGUGGGCGCGCACAUACAGGUCAACUGAAACUUCAUGGCCCAUGCGCAGAAGUUGGCUUUUGGCUCUCAAAAGAAAUUUCAGUUGUCGUACUGUUGAUCUUGAGUUUGCCGACCACUGCCCUAGGGGGAUGUUUGUGUGUUUGUCCGGUGUUUGGCGAUUGAGUUGUGAAUUGUGCAGUGUCUGUGACCAGGACGGUGGGAGUGGUGUGGCCGCACACCGUGCUGCCCACGCCCUCGGACAGACACCAGCGUCUGGGACCUCGGAGCCCUGGGAGGGACGACUACUGAGCAUGCCGAGUGGCAGCGGGCAGCCUGCCGUCUGUGGGAAACUGCUUUCCAGACAAUAAACCAUGUUUACUGACA